AGGUCAAAUCAUUUUCGUUUUCGUAUUUUCGUAAAGCAAAAAAUUUGUCUGUCCGAAAAUCGAAUUUUUUGUUUGCUAGCUUGCCGGAAAUUUUAUUUUGUUGCUUACCGAUUCUGUUUUCUUUCACUGAUUUGUUUUCUAUUCGAAUUUCAUGAAUUAGCACUUAUUGUCUGUGUCUUUUUAUUCGUGAAGUAUCAGCCAUUUCAGUUUAUAAAAUUUUGUAUUUCAUGUCAUCAAAGUUAAUCGAUUGCUGUUUGGUUCUGCUCAGAUUGUACACUAAAGGUGCCGGCCGCACGUCGCUGCCUACUCCCGCGAGCCCUGACGAAGUCCUCUACACACAGUUCUCCACGGUUAGAAGGUUUGAGGAGGUGGACAGCGGCGGAGGUGGCUCGGCCGAAGUAAUGGUGUACUCUCUCGGCUGGGGCAUGGGCGAGCCGGAGCGGCGCGGCGCGGAUCGGAAGCGCGCGCAGCCGCCCGCGCAGCACAAUGCGCUGUCGCCGGACGAUGGCCACGAAGUUGAAUUUCUGCCACUGCACAAUCAAGUGGGCGGCCACACCAGGUUACUCGUGCUAAACGACAGCACAGUGAUCAAACCCCUGAAUAUUCGUGAACUGCAUUUCUACCAGAACAUUCCUGAAGACAUACAGAACUUCGUUCCCAGAUACAAAGGCGUGAUGCAGGCUUCUAACACGGGUAGCACGAAAUUGGACAAGCGGUACUCGCCAUGUUUUCGCGAGGAGAACGGGCGAAAGCAGUCCCUGGGCGGCAAGCGGCGGCGCGACGACGUGUUCAAAUUUAAAGUGCACCGAAAUGGCAAUGCGAGCGAAGUGCUCAAGAGCAUUGCACACAUGGACAACUCAAACAAACAAUAUUUCCUGAUGAUGGAGAACAUAACGUCAUCGUACCGGCGGCCGUGCGUGUUGGACCUGAAGAUGGGCACGCGGCAGCACGGUGACGACGCCUCGGCCGAGAAGCGCAGUAAACAGAUCGCCAAGUGCGCUGCCAGCACCUCCGCGACCUUGGGCGUGCGGCUCUGUGGCAUGCAGGUAUACGUGCCGGAGACGGGUCUGUGCGUGCGGCGGGACAAGUACUGGGGCCGCUCGCUGUCGGAGGCGGGACUGCGCGACGCGCUGCGCGACUUCUUCGCGGGCGGCGGCGGGCGCGGCGCGCGCGUCGUGCGCCGCGUGCUGCGUGACCUCGACGCGCUGCGCCGCGCCAUCGCCAAGCAGACCAGCUACAGGUUCUAUUCUUGUUCAUUAUUAAUAGUCUACGAAGGCGACAUAAGCGAGCCGUCAUCAUUAUCGGCAUCGGGCGCUCACGAGUACGACGCCGACGCGUCCAGCAGCUCCACGGACCUGGCGCCGGAGCCGGGACACUUCGACAUGUCCACGCUGCACCACGAGAUUCCCGACCAGCGCCGCCAGACCUUCCAGCCGCAUUCCGAGGAGACCAUGGGCGGGUACGAGGAAGGCGAGGUCGCGGGGCACUCCCCCAGGCGGCAGCCGCCCAGUCCGGACUCCACAGACAGCUGGAUGGCGUACUCCUCCACGAGCAGCGAGUCGUGGCGCGGCGACGCGGAGGUGGAGCCGGAGGAGGAGCGCGGCAAGCGCGCGCGCACGCAGCCGCCGCCGCCGCCCGCCGCCGCCGCCGCCGCUGCGGAGCGCGUGGACAUCCGCAUGAUAGACUUCGCGCACACGGCGUACGCGAACGCGGCGGCGGAGUCCCCGCUGGCGACCGCCACGCCGCACCACGGGCCCGACUGCGGCUUCCUCACCGGCAUCGACAGCCUCAAGCGGCUCCUCACCGAAAUCCUUCCUCCCCAGCCCUACAGUUAAUGAACCGUUCCGCAAACCGACUUCAAAAUCUGAGGCGUUUCCGCUAUAGGGAACCGAGGCUACGGUAGCUAUAUUCCCUCAAAAUUGAACGGUUAAAAACCGAAUAUACCUACCGCCUCGUGCAGAGCGUUUGGAGAAAUCGGAUCCGGCUACUGUGUAUUUACAUAAAAGGGAUACACGCAGGGUAUUUUCGAUUCAUACCGCUCGGCCGCCUUUCGAAUAGUGGACGCUUUUUCUUUUUAUGUAACUGCACGGUAAUAUCGCACUUAGUGAAUGUUGGCGGUACAAACUACGUUAAUUUAAUGUUAAAUUUACUAUAAUUUAAAGUGGGACCCAGUAGGUAUUCUUAAAAUGUGUAUUUUUAAGUAUUACUAUUAAGUUAUUCCAGAUGGACGUGCUUUUGAUUUGAUCCUCACUUUUCGUUUUGGUCUGCACGAUGUUGGUUGCUUUGUGAUUUUUACCUUAAAAUUAGUAGACAUUCCCCUCAUUAUAUUGUAAAUAUUCGUUUAGUCGUUGUUCUAAAUAUGUUGUCUACGAUUCGAGUUUGGUUUGCAUUUAGUUCCCACAUUUUAGUUAUCAUCACGUGGAAAUACAGUCUUAUUUUAUACACCACAAAGGUACUAAUUGACCCCAGUCAGUGAAGCCAAAGUAAAUUUAGUGUAGAUCACAAAAUAGACUUGAAUAUGUAGAAUGUAGUCUUUUAGACAUAUUUGACAUCCAAACUGGUGUUUGUGAACAAAUAAAUUGAUGUAUUAAGUUGUUAUUCAUUUUUGACUGAAGUCGCUGAUAAAGUAAUAUUAGUAUCUUUUGUGGAAUGAGUGUACCUAUACUGAGCAAUCGUGAACAAGUAACACACAUUUGACAAAAGGAGUUUUUAUUAUAAUUUCGAUAACAGUAUUAUUGAGUUGUCAGCGAGAAUGUUGAGCAUUGGUUGGUUUUGUGAAAGAAUACUUGCGAAAACUUGUACAGAGGUGGUUUAUGGCCGCGCGCUGGUUUCGCUGUGCCUAAAUACGUACUGUAAUGUGGUAGUAUAUAUUUACUGCAUAUUGCUCGUAGUCUGUUAUUGUGCAAUAUAAAAAAAAUACAAGAUCCCAUUUUUAAUAUGAAAAUAUUAAAAGAAUGUAAAUAGAAAACAAUUUUGUAUUUGUUAAUAUAAAAGUUUCUGUUUUAAUUUCUUGUAAAGUCACUUCACUACAAGAAAUUAUUUACCCAUUAUAUUACCCAGUUUCAAAGUUUUUCAUUGUGUUAUAAAAAAGUGACAAGAUUAUUUGCUAUGUGGAAAAAAUUACUUGACAAAUUAUAUUUUAUUAAUGGGAUGUACUGACAUGCACAUAAUUAUACUAUUUUGAUUUUUGUAUGACUAUUUCUGACGGUUCAUUGUAUGUUGUGUGCUGUAUAACGAAACUUCGUAAACACUAGACCUCGAUGUGUAACCUAAAUCUCAUACAAUUUAUAUGAGUGAGAAUAACACUAUGUGCCGUCCUCUUUCAUUAAAGUAAAAGUGGGGAAGAUUAUAUUAUUUAGCUUGCUUAGUGUAUACGAAGAUCUGUAGUAUACUUUAGAGUUAGGUCCACAGCUGGCCCCAGCGUGACGGCAAGCAUACAGAAAGUGUGAUUGACUACUAGCGUUAGCCAACAUUCCUCUGUGCUGCAUUCGUCAUUGUUUGUCCUUUUUUUGUUAGUGGGAUAAAUUUAUGAAAAGUACCUGGUUUAAAAUUAGGAUGCUAGGUUGUAUUACAAAUUAUUAUCAUUUAUGUCUGUUAUUUUAAAUAACUGUAUGACACUAUUUUGUUAAAUAAAUUUUAGGUAUUGAA